CGACGACACCAUGCCGCCACGUGCGCCGGCACGUUCACUCAUGAUCUUAGCAUGACGUCGAGCUGGUCAUAUCUCUUUUGUCCGUGCUUCACCAAGAUGUCCACUGCCGCCGCAUCGACCAAGAAGCCAACGUCGUUGUCCAAGUCGUCGUCUGGGAAGUCCGCUAUCGUCGACACACACAAAGUCACCAAGCCGUCGCUCGUGUCGACUGAGUCGCUCGCAAAUGCGAUUGCCCGGUGCAAGGAAGAAGUGGCGGCAAUCGUGGCCGAGUGCCGCGCCAACAACCGCGUGUUCCGCGACAUCGACUUUGACUUGUCCAACAACGAGUCGGAUUGCCUCGAGUCUCUGGUCGAGUCGUGGGACGACGCGCCGUCCCCGGGCGGCGCCCUCCGCGUGCGCCAGAUCUUCAAGAACCCCAUCUUCUGCGACGAAGGGUUCGACGCGGCCGACAUCAACCAAGGCACGACAGGCAAUUGCUGGUUCCUCGCUGCGCUUGCGUCCGUGUGCGGCGUGCCGCGCAUCAUCGAAAACAUUUGCGUCGCCCGCGACGAACGCGUUGGUGUGUACGGGUUCAUCUUUUUCAAGGACGGUGACUGGGAGCACGUGAUCGUGGACGACCAGCUCUUCGUGACGACGACGGACUUUGACCAUGCGUUCGAAACGAUGAUCGUCAAGGACAAAAAGACGUUCAAGGACACGUUCCGGUCCGAUUCGCAAGCGCUCUUCUUCGGCAAGUCGAGCUCGGCGCGCGAGACGUGGCUCCCGCUGCUUGAGAAGGCGUACACGAAGCUGCACGGCGACUACAAGUCGGUGGAAGGCGGGCACACUGGCGAAGGCAUCGAAGACCUCACGGGUGGCGUCACCACCUCGAUCUCGAUCACCGACAUCCUCGAUUACGACCGGUUCUGGUACGACGAGCUGAGCCGCACGAACGUGGACUCGCUCUUCUCUGCGUCGAUCUUCAAAAAGCACUCGGGCAUGGAGUCGCAGUCGUCGAACGGCCUCGUCCACACGCACGCGUACUCGGUGCUCAAGGCGGUCGAAGUGAAGAACGUCAAGUUCCUCUUGAUCCGCAACCCGUGGGGCGAACACGAGUGGAACGGACGGUGGUCGGACGGGUCGAAAGAGUGGACGCCGGAAUGGAUGGCGGCGCUGGAUCACCGGUUUGGGGACGACGGGUCGUUCUGGAUGCAGUACGAGGACUUUGUCGAGGAAUUCACAACCAUCGAGCGCACGCGGCUCUACGAUAACAAGUGGUUUGUGAACCAGGAGUGGAUGGAGUACCGCACGAGCUGGCCCGCCGAAUGGAGCAACGCGCUGUUUCAGUUUGACCUGACGACAGACAGCCCGGCCAACAUCGUCCUGGCCAAGGCGGACGACCGCUACUUCCAAGGGCUUCAAGGUCCGUUUUUCUUUGGUCUGCGCAUGGCCAUUUACCGACGCGCGGACGACGGCAACCGCGUGUUUGUCGGCCAUUUCGUCCAGCGAUCGUGGGGCCGCAGCAUCAGCCUCGAGUUUGCCUCGCUCAAGAAGGGCCACUACGAUGUCGACGUCAUGGUGGUACGCACCCCCAAUGGCGUCGACCCGGCGGUGUCCGUGAUCGAGACCACGGGCGCCACCAACCCGGACAAGCUCCUCCACAUCUGCAAGCAGUUUAACGCGAGCCGCGCCAAGGCGGUGAACGUGGAUCCGUCGUUUGACAUUUUGGACACUGCUCGGGAAACACAGCUGACCGCGUACGAGUCGGGCGUCGUCGCCAAGCAAAAGGCGCUGAACCGCCAGAUGGCGGCAAUGCAACAGGAAGAAGCGGACGAAGAUGCCCCGGAAGACGAACCUGCCGCCGAAGACGAACAAGUCGAGCAAGUUGUCGAGGAGGAGGACGAGGAGGCGAAAGAGGACAAGUUGACCGGGGCCGUCGUCAUCGGCGUGCGCAUUUAUACUAAGGACGCCGACGCAAUCGUCAGCGCCAACUUGACUCAAUAAUUGUGGUGCACACGAAUACAUGUUGAUUGCCUC